CGAGUUGAAACUUGUUGCGCAACGGCGAUUUUGGCCACUCCUUCACCCAUUUUCUCGUUCCUCAUCAUCGAAGAUAGAGAUGGCCAAAAACUCAAACUACCACAGCAGGCUUCUGAUAAAGGCCAAUUGUGAAGAGGGAGAAGCGAAGCUCUCUCGGUAUCACCCCCCACACAUCUCCUUUCUUUUCUUCCCUGCAACUGAAACUCUCGGCAUCAGCAAUGAGCCUCCACAACCGAUCUUCUCCCGUCCCUCCUAUUGCGUCUUUGCAACUUUGUGAAGAGGUUAGCCUCACAGAUGAGUCCGACUGUGUGAGCCAUGAUAAGAAACAACGAAAGAGACGGUCUGUUUGUUCCCUUCGGAUAGCGUGCAUGUACGUCAUUGCUUUCGCUUGCCUCGCCGUGCUCAGCAAUCUACCCGCGACAAGCAAGGCAGUAUCCGUCUUGAAGAACAGCUAUCCGAGCAAUGCUGGAAUAUUCAGCUAUCCAAACACCGCCACCAAUUCCGACAAGACAGAUCAGAAGCGUCCAAUUUUUGCUUUUCACGUGGGACCUCCCAAAACUGCCACAACCUAUUUGCAGUAUGGCCUCACAGAAUACCGUGAAGUGCUGAAGCGCGACAACUACCGCUAUUUGGGACAAGUCAUGUUGGAUCAAGACAAUAUGUGGAAGCAGCACCAUGGACCCAUUCUCAGCAUUCUCAAGGAUCAAGACUGCAUGCAAGCAGUCAAUAAGGCCAGGUCCAAAUCUGUCCCUUCUUCCAAAUACCCAAAAUGCUGGAAGGUGUUGACUCAGCUACUGGCGCAUCAUCGCAAACGAAACGAAUCCAUCCUCAUGUCGGAGGAAAACUUUUCAAUAAAAUAUUCGAGCAUGUUGAAUCUUGAGCGAACCAGUGUCGAUUGGAAAGCUCUGGCAGAUCUUCUCCGUGAACAGGACUGGGAGCCUCUCAUUAUCGUGGGUUAUCGUAGGUUUUCCGAGAUCUUGCCCUCGGCAAAGCAACAGUGGGAUCGGGAAAUUCUUUGGGAGUGGCCUUCUGGCAAAGCCAAGCGCAGGCCCAAGGACGACCAAACCCCUUACGACGAUGAUGAUGCCUGGCGCCGUCCGGCACCGAUCUUCCCCAAAAUAUUGGACGAUCCCAGAUUGGGAUCCAACAGCUAUUUCUCCAAGGCAGAGCACGAGAGCGACGAGUACGUUAGUUGGUCCUACACCGAUCACCUGGUCAAGACAAUAUCACCCUACUUGCCCGUCCGAAUGCUCAACAUGCAUCAACAACAUCUACCGGAAAUGGAUCUGCGAACGUACUUUGUCUGUCAUGUCUUGCCCUAUGCGCACAACACCUGUGAGGAGUCGAAAAAGGAUUCCCUACAGCUCGCUGCCUCCUCCAAAGAACCUCGCAAUAAAGGGCAGCCCGACUUUUACUACGAUUCGCUGGUCGUGGCGGCGGCUGAACGAGGGUGGAUUGACGUAGAGAAGAUUGAUCGCUACAUUGCCAAUGAGGCAUUGAAGGCCGCGUCUAUCGACCACCUCCUUGUCUUGGACUGUCCAACAGCAGAGCAACUACAGCCCGUUUUGGAUGCGUCGUUGGCCAAGGAAGUUGCACUGUGGGGAAGUGCCAUGGCGGAACGCUGGAAGCAAGAUCAUAUCCGAGCCUUCAAUGAACAUCUUUCGGAUUACUGUGGGAUCGACGUUCAAGCCACUUUGCCCAAACUAAGAAGUCUCUUUUCCAGUAGGAAGUAUGGUAGAUUGGUAAAGGAGGCGGUGAGAAUAGAGGAGGAGGAAGAAAAGGACAACACACACGAUCCUGAGGAGGGAAGUGGAGACAGGUGACGGAGCCUGAACUGCCGUACAAGCAAAUGAAAGUGAAAGGUGUAAACCUAGACAUGGACUAUUGUAUCACAAUAAUGCAGCAGCCACUAGUUUGCAAGGCCUUGAACGCCAGGGCCAACUGAGCUCCCCGCCACACUGGAUUUCUUGCUUCAUUAGCCGUGGCAGCAUACCUUGACCCAAACAAGUCAGUCAGGUAGCAGUGUGACAGCCUCUGUGUCCCAUUGAAAAACUCUGUCAACCUCCCUUGCUACCUAAAUACAUGUAGACCCAGAAGCUUGCUCACACUAGCUAUCUACUAGGAGUGCGAGAAUAACUGUGCACACCCAUCAGUGCACUUGGCUUGCACAAUGCACCUCCAGCUAGCGCUCAGCUACAUCACUCCUGAAUGAUUCAAUCUCUACGUAUCUGUCUAGCCAGCAUGUAAUGGUAACCAGCAGUAUCGUGUACUCAGAGUAGCCCUUGAGAUAGCUCCGCCAGCAGACCGAAC